AUGCGUAAUGGGAGCAGCUCAUCUUGCUCUUCUUCUCCGGUGGGGUUGCACCUGCAGCAAGUGUUUGGCUCGCAGGCUCCUCAUGGCCGGCAGCUUGGUAGCAGCUCCUCCUACUGCCCUCGUCCCAUGGCGGAGCUGCUGCAGGUGACGUGGCUGCCCGCGUCCGGCGGUGGCGGCCCCGGCGGUCUCCUCCACGCCUUGGCCUCUCUCAGCUUUCUGCUCCUCCUCGCCUACCUCUCGCUCUUCCUCCUCGCCAAGCUCUUCGCCCGACUCCACCGCGCAAGGGAGCGCCGUGGCCGUGACAACCGUGCGGAGAGUAACCCCGGGAAGGAGGACGUGGCCGCCGCCGACGACAUCCACCUCGCCGGAGGGGAGCGGCAGGCGGGGGGCACGCUGUUCUGGUUCGACGAGGCCGUGUUCGAGGACACCGCCCUGCUUGGCCUUGGCGACGAAGCAAAGAAUCACCUUUUGUACACUGGUGCUGGUGGUACGGCUGCGCAACAUUGCUUGGAGGUGGCGGAGACCAGCUGCGCCUUUCACACGGCCCCGCCGGAAUCCACCAACCGCGUCUCAUUCGCGCCGCGCGAGGAGGAGGACCACCGCGCCGAAAGUGAUGCCGCCACUGCCGGUGCCACCGCCACCGCGGCCCAGGAGCAGGAAGAGGCCAGGGUUGACGUGGCCGUCUCCGUAGCCGACGACGGCGUCCCCAUGGCGGCUGAUGGGUAUCGGCAGAAUGGUCCGGUCGCCGCGUCGUCGUCACUACCGAAGAAUGAUUCCGUUCAAGGCAAUCUCCUAGAGAGGCAACGAAGCAGAGGAGGAGGAGAAGGUCGCCGCGACGGUGAUCAUCGUGAAGACGGGCAUGGAGUAGAAGAAGAGCCGGGGGAGGAGGAGGAGAAGGCCGCGGGCUUUCCGGACGUGAAGCGGCUGGUGAACAGCCACGCGCUGGCCGACACGAAGAAGCUGCAGCUGGACGGCGGCGCGCGGCUGCGGCCGCGGCGAGAGGAGGAGGACGGGGACAGCUGCCGGUUCGGCGCGUCGACGCUGACGAGCGAGUCGACGUCCAAGAGCUCGGUGGAGUGGCAGAGCUCGACGGUGACGACCGGCAAGGACGCCUACUCGGACCUCUUCUCGUCGUCGUCGCGCCGGAGCUCGGCGAGGUGGGAGUCCUACACGCUCUUCCGCAAGUACGACGAGGACAUGGUCUACUUCCACCGCGUCGGCGCCCAGAAGCUCACCGAGACAGAGUCGUUCAGGUCGAUCAAGUGCCAGCCGCGGUCGAUGUCGCAGCGGAUCACGCACAAGCUGUCCAUGGCGGCGCCGAGGCCGAGGCCCGCGUCGGCGGAGGCGCCGGCGAUAGGGCUGCGCGACCCGUACCCGGAGCUGGAGCGGGUGUACGUGGCCCAGAUCUGCCUCACUUGGGAGGCCCUCAACUGGAACUACACCACCUUCCGCCGCCACAACGGCGGCGUCGUCGGCGGCACCAUGAUGCUGGAGGAGCGGUGCUGCCCGGCGCGCGUGGCGCAGGAGUUCCAGCAGUUCCAGGUGCUGCUCUACCGGUUCAUGGAGAACGAGCCCUUCGAGCACGGUCGCCGGCCCGAGGUGUACGCCCGGAUGAAGAACUCCUCCCCGAAGCUGCUCCUCGUCCCAGAGUUCAGAGAGGAGGAGGACGAGAAGGACGACCUGAUAUCGGCGGUGCAGUUCCUGCACAUCCUGGAGGAGUCCAUCCGGACGUUCAUGGCGUUCCUCCGCGCCGACAAGCGUAGCCACUACCAGAUGUUCAGGGAGAUGGUCCGGCGGAGGACGAGCGCCGCCGACCAGUCGAUCGUCAUCACCCUCAAGAGAACCAACAAGGCCAAGAAGAGCCGUCUCAAGGACCUGAGCCGGCCGCGGCGGUGCCUGAAGCGGAUCAAGCUGCGGGAGCAGGAGGAGGUGGCGGUGCUGCUGGGGCUCAUCGACCUCAAGGUGGUGGCCCGGGUGCUGCGCAUGCCGGAGAUCACGGAGCAGCAGCUGCACUGGUGCGAGGAGAAGAUGGGCCGGCUCCGUGUCGACCCGCAGCAGGGCACCAUGGAGCGAGACCCCUCACCCCUCUUCUUCCCCGCGCACUGA